AUGCGUCGCGCCGACGUGCUCGCGUGUCAGAUCCAGAGCUGGUACCCCAGCUUCCGCUCCGUCUCGCUCCGCACAGAGAUCAUCCCUCUCCCGCCCGAAUUCAUCGACUACCUCCUUUCCGACGGAAUCUUCCUCCCUGCUUCGUGUAAGGCGCUCCCCACGCGCACGCGGGUGGGCGAGUGGGAGGCGCAUCGCGACGACUAUGAGGGGAUGAAGGAGGAGGACGACGAAGCAGACGAACCCGAUGUGCCCUCCUUCCCUGUGCUCGAGGCUGCCGUUGACGCUGCUAUUGCGCGGCUGGGGGGAUUUGUGCUGCCAAAACUCAAUUGGAGCUGCCCUAAGGACGUGGGGUGGCUGAGUACAACGGGUACACCCAAGUGCAGCAACGCCCAGGAGGUUUUUCUGCUUCUCAAGGCCUCAGACUCCCUCACCUACGACCUCUGCCAUGCCUUUGACAGUUGUGUUGACUCUUCUUCAACUGACGAUUCUUCAAAAGCAGAAACACCUUCAGCUGCUGAUGGUUCGGAGCCGGCCAGCAGCAGGAGCAAUGGGGGAGCGUGUGUGGCGGCUACAGUAGCAGAUGGAAAGCAGCAGGGGCACAGCAAUGCUGGCGAAAUGAAUGGUGAUGCUGAGCCACGGCAAGAGCAGCAGGUGGAAGAGGUGGAGCAGCAAGAGCGUGCGCAGCAGGGCCGUCCGUCUGAGUUUGUGCUUGCCUUGCGCAAGUGGUUUGACCUCUGGCCAGAAAUGGAGUUUCGCUGCUUUGUCAAGGCCCAUCAGCUCGUUGGAAUUUGUCAGAGGGAGAUCACAUCGUUCUACCCAUUUCUAGUUGAUUCUCAUGAAAAAAUCAAGCUCCAGUUAUGUGAUUUCUACAACAACCACAUGUGUGGCAGAUUUUCUUCUUCUGACUAUACUUUUGAUGUCUACAUUACUCGUGAUGGCCGAGUGAAGCUGGUUGAUUUCAACACGUAUGGUGGAGCCACUCUACCGCUUCUUUUCUCUUGGGAGGAAAUAGACAGUAUGCACUCAGAAAGAUGCGUGAGGCACGAGACAUCCAGGACCGCCAGUGACUCAAACUCGUCAGCUCCAGAGCAGCUGGGUAGUGGCAGGCCUGGCUGCUGUUCAUCCAAUAAAGUGGAGAUGCGGAUUGUGGAGUCGCGGAGUGGUGUUCAGUUGGGGUUGAGAGCUGCUAGCGGUGCCCCGUUUGACCUUCAUGAUAGAUCAGAAGGCAGUGCAUUUGAAGAGCUUAUGGAGAAGCUGAAGGUGGAGUGCACCACUAAUCAGGAUUGCGGUAGUGAUGAUGAGGAUGCUGGUUAG